UCGCGACUCCCGAACCUCCACUUGUUUUUACGGCUCCUCCGAAGUCCGAAUUCCUCCAUCACGACCACCGACCCGUGACGGCCACCCAACUGUGCGCAACAGCUUCGGUCUCCCGAUUUGUCACCGAUUCCUCAUCCGCAUCACCCUUCUCUUCAUCCCGCAAGGUCCCCAGUUCGCCGCCGCAUCUCCCGAGCACUUUACUCCGGACGGACCAAGCCAUACUAGCCAAUCGACCCGACGACUUACGCGACGACGGCCGACCUCUCUCUUUAUAACCCACCACCCAGUACAUACCCUCUUUCUCUCUUCAGCAACACAAAGUCCCACACGGGCAUCAUCAACCUUCAAAAUGGGCAUCCAACAAAUCACCAACAUGUGCUCGCACCUCCAAAACGCCUCGCGCGCUCGCCUGGGCCUGACCUCCCUGCCUAACACCAAGUACAACCUCGCCCUCGCCCUGGCCCUGCACCGCGCAGGCUUCAUCUCCUCCCUCACGCGGGGCGGCCCCCACCCGCCCACGCCCGAGGCCCUCAUGACCUACGAGCCCGAGCCCGUGACCAGUGCCAACGUGGCCACGCGCCGGUUGUGGGUGGGACUUAAAUACUGGAACGAGGAACCCGUCUUGAAGGAGCUGAAGCCGAUUUCGAAGCCGUCGAGGCUGGUGACUGCCUCCCUGGAAGAGCUGAACCGUGUGGCAAGGGGCUUUCCCGCAGGAUACAUGAAGGGGUUGCAGUUGGGCGAGUGUUUGUUUGUGAACACUGAUAGAGGUGUGUUGGAGGUUAGAGAGGCAGUGGAGAGGAAAGUUGGUGGGUUGGUUUUGUGCAAGGUAAAAUAGAUGGAAAGAAGAAGAAGGAGGGUCUCAAGGAUGGACAACUGGGAUAGGACAUGGAUUUGGGGAAAGGAAGGCAUUGUUGGGAAGGAAGGGAGAGGAAUAGAAGGGGAGGAGGAAGAGUCACCGCACUUUGGGAGGAUCCCAAACCUGAAAUGGAGCCAACCAUUUCUGUGCGCAGUGUACGAUACGGAUGUGAUUCCACUGUACACUAGACGACUAAGCAAGACUGGACAAACAUGAAAAGGAAUAGACAUUGGCAAAGCAGAGCUCAUCCUUGGUUCUUGCCAUGCGAAUAUGAGGUAUGAGGCCAAGAAAGACAACGAGUUGGCAUCCUGUAUGCUUUUAUAUAUGCA